GAAAAAAGCCAGAAAGAAAGAAAAAUAGCGACUCUCUUUCUUUCUCACUUUUUACCUUCAAACAUACCCUUUUCUUCGAAAUCUUCAAUUUAUUUGACUUCAUAUCUUAGGGAUCAUUUCCCAGUUUUUGUGGGGUUUGUCUCUUUUUUGGGAUUUUUUUGGGAUUUUUUUUGACUUGAGUCUACUUGGUUUCUCAGUCUUUAUUUCAAUUUUGUGGAUGCUAAAGAUCAUCUCUUUUUUUUCUGAAAUUGUUUCUUGGGGUUGGUUGAUUAAGUCCAUGGUAGUUAAGGAGUAGUUGAAUUUGAAGAAAGAUGGGAACUUACAGUGAGACUGAAGAAGAUAGCUUCUUUGAUAUACGUGCUGAGACCGGUUCUCUCUCUGAUUUGGGUUCGGAUGGCUCUGAUGCUUGUACUCGUAAUGAGAUUUCCGAAUGUGCUUUGGGAUAUGAAUUUUGGACUCAGGAUCCUGAAAGUGUUGAUGAACGCCGCCAUAGAUUCUUGAAAUGGAUGGGUUUGAACUCAAAUUGUGACAGAUCUGAUUGCUCUGAUGAAAGAAAGACGAGUACUGAUAGAAUUAGGGAUGACAAUGAGACUGUGCUGGCAAGCUCAGAUGCUGAAGGCAAUUUUUUCUCUGGUCGAUCUUCCCAAUCUUUUGAGUCAAAUGAAGCUCUAGAAUUGGAGGAGGAUGCUGAAGAGGAUCCAAUGUAUUGGAAAAUUAGGAAUCUGGACACCGGAUCAGAGUUUGUUGCAGAUGAAUUAGGCCAGGAUGGCAUGCUUAGCCGACUACGUGAAGUAGGUACAAACAAGAUAUUCACUAUUGAAGAGUUUACAAGAACUCUUGGCUCAUCGGCUUUGGUUCAACAGUUGCUGCAUAGAGAUAUUAAGGGGUUUAGUACAGUUAAUACAAAGACGAAAGUGAGAAGUUUGCUUCAAAAACUCACUAUUGGCACCUGGCACAAAGUGAGGACAAAGCCAGAGGCUGGUUCUCAAAGAGUUCGGGUCCAAACCAGUAAGAAGGAGUCAAAAGAACUGUCCUCACUUUACACAGGCCAAGAAUUCCUGGCACAUGAAGGCUCCAUCAUAACAAUGAAGUUCAGUCCUUGUGGCCAAUACUUGGCAAGUGCUGGCAAAGAUGGCACUGUGCGCAUUUGGAGAGUGAUUGAGGACGAGAUGUCUAAAAACUUCAAUGUUCAGGAUAUUGACCCCUCUUGUUUAUACUUCUCUCUGAAUCAUUUGUCCAAAUUAGCUUCUCUCAAUGACAACAGAGAGAAGAUCAACGGGAUGAAAAUGAUGAGAAAAUCAUCAGAAUCAGCUUGUGUUGUCCUCCCGCCAAAGUUAUUCCGGAUAAUGGAGAAACCAAUCCAAGAGUUCCGUGGGCAUAUGGGUGAAGUCUUGGCCCUCUCAUGGUCCAAAAAUGGGUAUCUGCUGUCAUCUUCCGUUGAUAAAACAGCUCGUCUCUGGCAAGUUGGACAUGAUAAAUGCCUUGGUGUUUAUUCGCAUAAUAAUUAUGUCACUUGUGUAGAAUUCAACCCCAUGGAUGAUAAUUAUUUCAUUAGUGGCUCAAUAGAUGGGAAAGUACGUCUCUGGGAGGUGCAUGAUUGUCGAGUGAUUGAUUGGACUGAUGUAAAGGAAAUAGUGACCGCUGUUUGUUAUAGUCCUGAUGGAAAGGGAGGUGUUGUGGGAUAUAUGGAUGGCAAUUGCCGUUUUUAUGAUGUUGUUGGUAAUCGUUUGCAGAUGGGGCUUGAGGUGUGCCUGCAAGGAAAGAAGAAGCUUACUAACAAGAGAGUAACUGGAUUUCAGUACUGCCCGAAUGACUCGGGCAAAGUCAUGGUUACUUCUGCUGAUUCUCAAGUUAGAAUACUUUGUGGAUCCAACAUCAUCUGCAAAUUCAAAGGAACUAAAAAUUUGGACAGCCAAUGUCCUGCAUCAUUCACAUCGGAUGGGAAACACAUUCUCGCGGUCACUGAGGAUUCAAAUGUUUAUGUCUGGAACUAUAGUCACGAGGACAGGACGACUAGCCAACCAAAGAAAGUCCAUUCAUCCGAGAGUUUCUUUUCCCGAAAUGCAUCAGUUGCCAUACCUUGGUCUGGUUUUAAAACAAAUCCAGUAACGACACUACCAGGAAGUGUUUUAGCAAACGGUGAUGUCAACUCAUUGCCAAAAACUUUAUCUCUACAAGAUUGCUUCUCCUUGGGACGUGCGUCUUUCUUAGAUUCUCUACUAAAGAGCUCUGCAACGUGGCCAGAGGAGAAACUACCCGAUUCAAGUCCUCCUGCAACUGUCUCCCCUUCUAUAUGUAAAUCCGAAUACAAGAUCUUGAAGAGUGCUUGGCAAAGUGCAUUGAGUUCAAGUCAUUUGUGGGGUCUCGUGGUUGUCACCGCAGGAUUGGAUGGAUGCAUUAGAACAUUCCUCAACCACGGAUUGCCUAUUCGUUUCUGAGAUUCUUUUCCCCCCGGGGAUCUUCAGUCUAGUGGUAAGAGCGCAACAUCUAUUUCGAAUUCUGCCACAGACAAAAGCCUGAGAUUUUUCCUUUUUCUCUUGCUUGUAAAUUUAUAUCAAUUCUUGGCUCUUUCACCAAAGUUUGUUUUAACGCAAAGAAAAUAUUAUAUCCAAUAGGUUAUAUUACAUUUUGUGCUUAGGGCAUACUAGUCUAUAUAUGUAAUUAUUAUUCACAUAUAUGAAAACCAUGGUUCACAUAUAUUAUUAUUCAUUUGUUCA